CACCCGGACUUACCUGACACCAAAUAAGUAAUUUGGGUCCAGCUCCACAUCGUAUAAGCGAAUUCAAUGAGAUUCAAUAUGGCGGGUAUUUCAAGUGGUCAAAUUCUUCGGUUGAAAGAAGUGCUUCACUUGGGGACACGUUUAGAUGGUAAAUCUGUGAGAACAUGGGGAAGGGCAAAGGCUCAUGACAUCACAACAAGUGAACUAAAGGUUUGUGAGGAUGGCUGCGAAUUGGUUAUUGACACUUCCCUUGUGGAACCAAUGGCAUUCAACAGAGGCUCCAUGUAUCAGUUCAUAGGAGAAGUUAACAUCAGUGAAAGGAUAGUUCUGCGGGCAAGAAUUGCUUGUUGCAUCGAUGGGAUGGACAUGGACCUUUUCAACCAGGCUUUAGAUAUCCGUAGAAAAUACCUAAAGGAAGAUACACCAGCUGCAUCUUAAGAGUCAGUAACAUGACCCUCGAGGCCAAGGGAUUACUAGAAGAUGAACUUUAUUGCAACAGCAUUUCAUUUUCCAAUCACUCAUGGCCUGAUCCUCUGCUGUAAGCCAGUAUGAACUCGAGAAUAAUGUAAACUGAGAAACCGGGAGAUCUUGGACAGUGAUACUGAAUAUGAGAAAAAAAGGAAAGAAACACAAUAAUUGAACCCAUACUCGGCAUUUCCUUCUCAUGGUGGACAUCAAUAUGCAAUUUGCAUGGCUUCUUGAACAAUUUUUAGUCCCUGGCUCAAGAUAGAAAUUAUCCUUACUGAUUGCACUCAUUUCUUUUAAUAUCAGUUGUGAGAAUUUGGUGGUACAUUUAUCAAAAUAACCAGUUGAUGCUUUUUUGUCUUCUAAUUUAAUUACCUCUCUGUUGAAAGUGUAUUGACAAAAAGAAAUUAAAUCGUGAUUGCUCUUGAGAAAUCAUAAGAAUGAGGUUAAUUUUCUGUACUUGGAAAAAAAUGACAGG